UCGAACGAAUCACUCACUGUGGUAUCUACAGUCCUACGACCGAUCAGAUGGCGAGCGGCAGCGGCAAAGCCAAGGCAUCGUCGUGGGCGGCGGCGAUGGGCGUGGGCGCGGGCACGGUGGAGGCGUUCAAGGAACGGCAUGCCGGGCUGUGCCGCUGGAACCACCAUGUGUUCCCAUGCGUCAAGCAGCGCGCCGACACCGCGGCCGCUGGAAACGGCAAGGGCAAGGUGGCACCCGCUGCCGGCGGGGCGGCGGCGAGGAGGCGGAAGGCGAGGCAAGAGCAGGAGGAGGAGCUCCGGACGGUCAUGUACCUCAGCAACUGGGGACCCAAUAACUAGCAAGCAGAUCACUCAUUACGUACUGUAUUGGUUAGGGUAGAUUGGUGUGCUGCAAUAGUUCGUGCUACUGGAUGAACAUGAACUCAGCAUCGAUAUUGCACAGCUUGUGUCCAUAAGGGCAUCUCCAACAGUUUGUAUGUUAGUUUGUUGGUAAAAUAUGCCAUGUCAUCGACCGACACCUUAACAUACAACAACUUCAAUGGGUUGUAUCUAAUUUGCCCAAUAGGAUGUGAGAUA